AUGUUUCAAACAGACACUCUUAUUGAUACAUCAAUCUUGCCAUCUGAUAUCAUGCUAUUACGUGACGUUCAAUUUCUUAAUUUUGUUCGAAAAGAAGCUGGUGAUGCUGCUGCUGAUCUUUUUGAAAUUCAAAGUAUCAAUUGUGUUAAAUCUUUGUUGAUGACAACUGAUGUUUAUUGUAUUAUGAAUUUGAAAAGCAAAGCUUUAGAUGGUUUUAAAAAUAAAAAUGGUUUUAUGCUUGACGAUGAUACAUUCAUUAUAAAACCUGGUAUAAAAGGAAAUGUGGACUAUCUUAUUGAUUUGUUAAAACAAAAAUGUACUGAAGAUGCAAAAAUAUCAAAAUCUUCAAAACGUAAUCAAUCAUCAUCACCAUUAGAUAGAACCACAGACACAUCCUCAACUAACACAGAAUCAACAAUGACAGUUUUAUCGAGUAAUUUAUCAAAUGUUGUUACAUCAAAAUCUGUAAACUUAUCACUGGAUGAACAUAAAACUUAUAUAAUUGAUACGUUGAAUAAUUGGUGCAAAAAUAAUGAAUCGAGGCUUAAUUUGUCAAAUUUGUCAAAUUUGUCCUUGAUUGAAGGUCAACAUUAUUCUAUCUCCAUAUUAAAUGAUGCAAGUGGUGUAUUAAAAGCUAAUAUAAAAUGUUGCUGUAAUAAAUGGAUAUCAUUAACAAAUAAUCGUGGCAAAUUUCAACUAUCAAACUUUUACAGGCAUUUACAGGAUUUUCGUAAUGAUAAUACAUGUAAUGAAAUGAAAAAAUUAAUAAAAAAUGGUAAGUUGAUUUCAUCAAUAACAGCAGAUAAUCAACAAUCUUUUACAUCUUCAGCUACUGCAUUAGAUCAAGAUUUAUCAGCAGAUAAUCAACAAUCAUUGACAUCUUCAGAUAAUGGACCAGAUCAAGGAUCAUCAGUAGAUAACCUCGUAUCUGCUACAACAGUAUCAGUCGCAAUGACAUCGAAUUCGAUAUUGCUUAAUUCUUCGUCCACCUCCAUAACAACGGAUGAUCAUGAAAGUCUUGAACAACCUUCGCCAUUAUUAAAAAAUAAAAGUAGAGAGAAACGAAAGUUUCACUCAGUAGCAUCAUCUUGUAAUACGAGAGAAGCAGUAAAGAGAACGAGAAGACAAUAA